AUGGCUUCCUGCAUCUGUGCUGUCCAUUCAGAGCAAGGGCCAUUAAUGGCCUUUGACACCGCUGAGAAUGACAAAGAAGAUCCCAAAACCAAGGACUGUGUGCUGGACCAGCUCCUUCUGCCAGGCUCCUAGGUCCCUGAGCCCCAGAAAAUAUUGUCAUCUUAUGGCAUUGACAAGGAGAUGGCCAUCCACCUUACCCUGAAGGUGGCGAAGCCUGGUGACAAAGAGUUGCCCUUGGCUCUGGUAGAGCUAAGCAAGGAAGGACAAAGGCACCUCCUCCAAGUCCGAAGAUCCAGCUCAGUGGCACAGGUGGAAGGGAUGACAGAUGUUCUCACUGUGAGCCCCAAGAAUCAGAUUGCAACUUGCAACGGAAAGAGGCUGGAAUAUGGGAAGACCAUGGCUGAUUGCAACAUCGGGAGGGGCAGUUUGCUCUUGCUGACAGUGCACAGCCUUGGGGGUGAUGAGAGGAUCAAGGCCCCUUUUCUUUUAGCUAUUACCAAUCACAUCCUUUGGGGAUAUCAAAAAUUAAUGACAACGAAACAGAGGUUUGAGAUGGGAUUGGCAGCUUAA